UAAUAUGGCGGUGUGGGUGACGUACGUUCUGCCAGUGUAACAUUUCCUUAUAUCUGCAGUACCAGAAUAUGUUGAUGUAGUCUGUGUCCGUGUCUGUUGUUGUUUGUAUUAACUAGUUGUGUUGUUAUAUUCGUUUCCCCCCACCCUCAAAUUCGUGCACGUAAUAGGUAGCACCGUAUCUUAUCCACGCUGUGGGUGCACGGGGUUAACGACUCCCGGGGCAUUGCUUUACUUACAAGGUUGCUCCUGAGCAUACAGAUUCCAUUACUUUUCCAAGUAGCCUGCCUUCUGCCUGGAAAAAGAGUGAAACACUAACACCUGUCUAGUCACCAGUCAUGAAGAUCCUCUGUGUAGUGCUUUGUAUGUGUCUUAGAUAUCUUCCUGUUUGUCCAACACUGUCCAAGACAGACUCCAAGAAGGCAACAGCUUCUAAGAUAGCUGAAGGAAAGAUCCAGUAUUCAGAAAAUUUGGUACAAGAUCGUGGAUUGGUGGUAACUGAUCCAAAAGCUAAGGACAUUAUACUGGAACACAGAAGUUACUGUGCUGCCAAAGUCGAUCAGAAGCAUUUUUCAGGAGAUGCUCUUGGUUAUAUCACACCUUGGAAUGGUCAUGGUUAUGAUGUUGCCAAGACAUUUGGAAGCAAGUUUACAAUGAUAUCCCCAGUUUGGCUGCAGGUGAAAAGAAAAGGCAGAGAUCUCUUCCAGGUUACUGGACUCCAUGAUGUAGACAAAGGAUGGUUGAAAGAUGUGAAGAGUAAAUCGAAGUAUCUUCAUGUUGUGCCAAGAGUUCUCUUUGAUGGUUGGUCAUACCAAGAUUUUGAGUACGUCUUCAACAGUGAGGAUGAAAUAGAAGAGUUGGCCAGUACACUGAUUCAGACAGGGAAGGAAGAACAUUUUGAUGGUUAUGUUUUUGAAGUCUGGAGCCAGCUUGGUGGUCACAAGAGAACGGAACUUAUUCACCUGAUCAUCCACCUGUCAGAAGCUUUGCACAAAGCAAAACUGAAGGCUGUCUUGGUUAUCCCCCCUGCCAUUGCUCAAGGAACUAACCAACCUGGAAUGUUUGGAAAGCAGGAUUUUGAGCAACUGGUUCAUGUUGUGGAUGGCUUCAGUCUUAUGACCUAUGAUUACUCAAACCCCCAACAGCCUGGACCAAAUUCUCCUGUUCCCUGGGUACGAGCUUGUGUGGAAUCUCUAGAUCCUGAAGCCAAGUGGAGGAAAAAAAUCCUUCUAGGGCUGAAUUUCUAUGGAAUGGAUUAUUCUGUUUUGGGAGCUUCUGGAGAACCAGUACUUGGUAACAGGUUCAUUGAAAUAUUGAAAGAGCACAAGCCAAAACUGAACUGGAAUGAGCACAUAGCUGAGCAUUAUGUAGAGUACAAGAAUGACCUAGAUAUGCCAUUGUUAUGGCUCCUUGUUUACUGCUUUUCCUUAUUACUUGGAGUAAAGGAGGGAAGCACAUUGUAUUUUAUCCAUCACUUAAGUCUAUUCAAGUUCGAUUAGAGCUUGCAGAAAAACUUGGAACUGGAAUAUCUAUCUGGGAGCUGGGACAAGGCCUGGAUUAUUUCUAUGACCUGCUUUAACUCUUUUGAUUUAUCCCAAUUUGUAGAGUAAGAAAGUGAAAGGAAUAUAAAUUUCUACAUAGCAUGAUAACUUUUUAAUGCUUGACAUUUUAAAUGGAUAAAUAAAGAGUUUUUGUAAAACCA